UAUAUACUACUACCACAACCUCUUCCACCUCCGCUUCCUACGACUAAAUCAAACAUAAAAGUGACCACAGAAAUGCAGAAAUUCACUUCGCAACAAUUUUAGUACAGAACAAUACGAAAUACCUUUCGUUAUUUCGUAAACGCUGACCGUGAGGGGAAACGGUCGAAUUCCAGCAUCCUUUGUAGGCUAACUCAAACGUGUACCCAGGUGCAUUGUUGUACGAAGCCCGAGCUGCAAUCGAUCACGCUGCAAACAAUGUUGCCUAUAUUAGGACCACUCGCGAACUUCAGAGCGGUCGGCUAGAAGCACGUAAUGUGUUCUCAUAAAGAGGUUUGGGAACGUUUCCGAAAGCACGGUGAAGGAGCGUUUCAGCGAUGUUGCACGCACUGGCCAUCACGAUCGUCGUCGUUGCAGCUGUGCUUGACAGUGCGAAUUCAGGCGAAAAGAAGCAAACAAGCUACGGAAUAGCUGGUCCGGUUUCGUACGGCUACCAGCACUGGUACCGGGGCAUCGCCGGCGAAUGGCGGCGUCCGUGGCUGAUACCGGAUAACCGAACGCGUGUGCUGAUGAUGGUGAUGGCUUGCUCGGGCAUCGAAUUCGUGCCCCGCCAGGCCUGGGGGGCCCGACCGCCGAGGGGUUGGGACGCGCUCAGGGUGCAACCCGUGCCUCGAUUCUUCGUGCACCACACGACGGAAACGGAGUGCUUCGACUUCUGGAGCUGCUCGCAGAGGAUGCGCUACUGGCAGAACUUCCACAUGGACACCAGAGGCUAUCGACUCGCUGGCCCGACUUCGUACGGCUACUCUGACUGGCACCGAGGGCCGAGCGGCGCAUUGUGGCUUGCCCAAGUGCCCGAUGACGAGAUCCGGGUGACGCUAGCCUGCUCGGGCAUCGAGUUCGUGCCUCGCUACGCGUGGGGUGGUCGGCCGCCCAAGUUGUGGGAGAGGCUCAAGGUGCAACCAGUGCCACGGGUAUUCGUGCAUCACACAGCCGGUGGGGAGUGCUUUGACCCACGGACCUGUUCCGAGUGGAUGCGCUACAUCCAACACUUCCACAUGGACGCCAGAGGCUGGAACGACAUUGGCUACAGCUUCCUCAUCGGCGGCGAUGGGCGCGUGUACGUGGCAAGGGGCUGGGACGCAGUCGGCGCCCACACCAAGCUGCACAACGAAGAGGCACUGGCAGUGGCCUUCUUCGGCGACUUCUCGCGUCACCUGCCGACAGCCCGGGCAAUCAGGACACUCGACAGGCUCCUGCAGUGCGGCGUCGCCUUGGGCAAGAUCCGCGCUGACUACACACUGCAUGGUCACAGAGACGCCGCCUGCAGGGUCAGUCCAGGGGACGCCCUGUACGCCUUCCUCGGCCACUGGAACCACUACGGCGGGAGACUCCAGAAGUACAUCUGCGAGAAGCAGAAGGCUUACGAGCGCGAUGUGCCUACCCGAUAAAUAGCACAAUGCAGUUUCAAUUAUAAAAUGUCUCUUUGCACGCUUUUGCAGUAACGACACACAAACAGAAGGGAUAUUUUGAGAUAAGACCGAACCACGCCAAAAUUGGCUUUUAUAAAUGUUAGGCACGUUGCUGCUUCUGAAUGUAGAAACACGUACGCGAAUGUUGCGUCUUUUGUUGUAACAGGUGAAACGCAGAAAUUAUCUCGCUUAGCCACAUGCUCAAGCUAUCUGAA